AUCGCCUGAAGAUCAUUAAAACAGAUUAAACUUUUAUCACAUAUGACACGGAUUAUUAAAGAUGGGACGCUUAUUUUGACUAUCACAGUGGGAUAAAGUGCAACGCAUCAUCACCGCACCUUCAGGAUGUUCCGGCGAGGCUGUGGUCUGGAGUUUCUCCUGGUGCUGUGUGGUUUAGAGUUGACCCAGGCGUGUCCCCGCGACUGCAUCUGCUACGACUCUCCCAGCACGGUGAGCUGCCAGGCCCACAACUUCCUGGUGGUUCCAGAGGAAAUCCCGGCCCAGAGCGAGCGCGUCUUUCUGCAAAACAACAAGAUCCAGCGACUACUGCAGGGCCAUUUCAGCCCCACCACCGUCAUGCUUUGGCUCUACUCCAACAAUAUCUCAUACAUCCAGCCCUCCACAUUCAUGGGCUUCACCCGCCUGGAGGAGCUCGAUCUGGGGGACAACAAACACCUCCGCUCUCUGGCUUCGGACACUUUUCAGGGCCUGACCCGACUCCAUGCUCUGCACCUCUACCACUGUGGCCUAAUCACUCUGCCCGCUGGCUUAUUUGAAGGGCUGCACAACCUGCAGUACCUCUAUUUACAGAACAACCAGUUGGAGUUUCUCGAGGAUGACAUGUUCAUUGAUCUUCUGAAUCUGAGCCAUUUAUUUCUGCAUGGAAAUCGGCUGUGGAGCCUCCACCAGAACACUUUCCGUGGCCUGGGCGCCCUCGAUCGCUUGCUGCUCCAUCAAAACCGGCUCCAGUGGGUUCACAAACAGGCUUUCCACGACCUGCGCCGCCUGACGACUCUCUACCUGUUUAACAACUCUUUACCUGAACUUCCGGCUGAAAGCUUGUCUCAGCUGUCAGCGCUGGAGUACCUGCGGCUCAACGACAACCCUUGGGAGUGCGACUGCAAGGCUGUGCCGCUCUGGGAUUGGCUGCGGCGCUUCCGUGGCUCCACCUCCUCAUUAAUAUGCGCAGCUCCACCGGAGCUGGCGGGAAAGGACCUGAAACGGUUGACGAAAGAAGAGCUGCCCUCCUGUACAGGCUCCGAGUCGCUCCACCAGAGCAAAUCCAGCCAGGGGGACGUGGGGGUGUCACUGAAGAAAGAUCAUCAUCAUCGAUCACGCAAUCAUCAUCAUCAUCAUCCUCACCUGCCACAUCAGGAUCAAUAUUACCCCACCUCCCCAUCGCCGCUUCCUCGACCGCCCAAGUCGGGACGCAACAGGAACUGCACAAGGCAUCGAAACCGCAAGGGCAAUGCUCAGAACGAGGUGUAUAGCCUAAAGGAGUUAGCCAACAAGGAAUCGGACGACAAAUAUGACCCAUCAAAACCGAGACGAAAGAACAAAUGCAUCCCACAGACUUCGGUGGGUCCCCCUAGUGGCGUGCAAAGAGUGAACAGCAGGGCGGCGGCCCUCUUGGCACCUUGUUUCAUCAUCCCUCUUUGCUUAUUGGUGUGUCUCACUGCCCUUAUUUUCCGCUGAGCCUUGUGGAAACAUCUACUAAUGGUUUUAAUGAACAAACUCAGCCCUCUGUCUACUCUGGCUCCUACAAUUCAGUGUGCGAAUGUGUGUGUGUGUGUACGUUUGUGUGUACAUGUGAGCCCCUUUCGAGGGACAGAGGACUUGUGCGAAGUUGCAGGCCUGGAAUUAAAACCAGAGAUGUUAAGAAACUCUGGGAUCUGUGGCCGAGAGACGGGACACUAGACGGACUACUCCUCGAUCAUCACCAUUUCCUGUUGCUCCAGGGCAUAUUCAAUAAAAAAAAAUAAAAAAACAACAAACAAAAAUAUAUACAUUUGUUAACUACAUUCGGUUGUACAUCACACCUCUGCAGAAUAAUUAGCAGCUCGUUGUGUUCAAACUCAUCACCAUUAAAACCUGGAAUCCCUGUCAUGACCUCUGACCCGCACUAAAGCUGCGGCACAGGGCGGGAAAAGAGUGUGAAUGAAAUACAUAAACCAAGCAUUUACACAAAUGUACACUGGGGAUGCUUUGCUAAGCUGUUAGCAUCUCAGCGGCUUCUGUGGGAGGGUUGUUGUUAACACCUUUGGCACCGACUACAUAAAAAUGAAAGCAAAGCACACAAGAGAGCAAUUUGGUUAGUUCUGAGACUUUUACAUGUAAUUGCAGUUGCAAUAUUCACACAUUCACACAGCCCCAACGAAUGCUAACAGGGUUGAUACAAAACCAUAAGAGCUCAAAUUCUAGUGUUCUAAAGCUGCUAUGCUGGCGAUGUCAGUAAAGAGAAAGUAGAGUUGAUGAAGGAUUAUGGGAUGGCUUUGGGUUUGUGCGUGUUGUUAUUUGUCGAUUGUGCCCUUAAGAAAGUAUUUUGCAUAAAAAGCUGAAGAAUAAAAAGUUAUUAGGACAUGAAAAGGUCAAGUGGAGCUCAUGCAAAAAGCAGCAUGCGUUAUCUGUUGCUCAGCUGCAAUAAUGUGCUAAUCUAGAAGGGAAAUAACACCAACACUACAUUAAUAUCUCCAAAUGGCACAGUUUCGGAAAAUGAAACAGCAGAAACACAGCUGUUAAGUCAGAGGUCAAGUCUAACCUGGAAGGGUAAUUUGCCAUAGGUUCCCUCAGGAAGUUCUUAACGUUUUCUUUAGUGAUUAUUGAUUUAAACCAUUACGGAGAAAGAAAAGCAUCUCAAACAGUUAGAUAUUCUUGACAUUUUAAAAAGCACUAAUGAAGUAAAGUGUAAAGACUGUGCAUCUGUAUAUAUUGUAAAAAAAAAAAACUAAAAAAAACUACACAUCUGUCAUUAUUAUUAAAAAUAAUUAUUUAUGUGGUUUGUAUGCAGUAACAGUAGUUUAGCUGAUUACGUUUACAGGAAUGAAAUGUUAUAGUUUCACAUUUCACAUAACAGACGGAAUUUAUUAAUAUAUUUCCAAACUGGGGUUUGGGGACUGGGGGUCACAUCUGAGCAUGCAAUCAAAAGUUCUGAGAAGAAAAUUCAGAGAAGAAGUAAAGUAAAUCAAUAAAUAAGAUAAUUAAUAAAUAAAUAUUAUAUAAUGUGUAGUAAAUAUUGUAUGUUAAGGGGAUGGUUCACCCAGAAAUGGAAAGAAAAUAAAUGCAUACAUGUUUGAAAUGACAUGAGGAGGACUAAACUUUAUUAAAGCACUAAAUAAUCACAUUAAAAUGUAAAUGAACAUAAUUUACAAAGUCACACCCACAUUGUGGAUUGUUUUAUCAAUACAUUGUAAAUAAGCUGAUAAAUAAGGACUGCAACUAACUAAGUAUCACAAGUACUGUAUGUGAGUUUACAUGCUCAAUAGGUCAAACAACCUCUGUAGGCCUUAUGC